CCACAGAAGAAGAAGGAGGAGGAGGAAAUGGCGCGCUGCCGGAUGUAAACAAAGAUGGCGGUCAGUCAGAAUGAGCCGUUUAAACUCUGCGCAGCCCGACACGAAGAAGAAGAAGAAGGAGGUUUCACUUCCGGGAUAUAAAGACUGAAGGAACCAGAUUCACCUCCAACCAGCGGCUGGUCCACUCUCACUAGACCUGGUCCAGUCUGGUCUAGUCAGACCUGGUCCAGUCUGGUCUAGUCAGACCUGGUCCAGUCUGGUCUAGUCAGACCUGGUCCCGGUGGGGAUGGCGGGUCGAGGAGGUGGGCGGGGUCGGAGGAUGAUGAGCUUCAGUGUGGAGGCCGUCGGCAUCAACAGGGGCGACAGCCUCCCUCCAUCCAUCCAGCAACCUACCCCCCUGUUUCCUGUGAUGGAGCAGAAGCCCCUCCCCCUGACAGGUGGAGAGGAGGCGGAGUAUCUGUUAGCGCUCAAACAGGAGUUCAGAGGAGCCAUGAAGACUCUGCCCUUCUUCAUCCAGCCAGCUGCAGCAAAGAGAGAUGUGGAGAGAUACUCUGAUAAAUAUCACAACAGCGAGCAGACGGACGGACUAACGGAAUGGAAUCCAGACUUGAAAAGAUUCCCGAAAGAGCUCAGAGUGAAAAAACCUUCUAGAGACGGUGUCUCAGCAGCAGCCAGUCGCUCUGACCGGCUUCAGUCGGGCCAGAAGAAGAAGGUGAAAGAAAAAGAGGAGGUGCUUCUCAAACUGGAGACUCUGCAGAAGAAGGAGGAGCAGCAGAGCUCGGAGGAGGAGGAGGGAGAGGAGAAGAAGAAGAAGCAGGAGGAAGAGGAGGCUGAUGGAGAGGAGGAGUACGACGAGGAAGAGUUUGAGGAGGAGACGGAUUACAUCAUGUCCUACUUUGAUAACGGAGAGGAGUUCGGAGGAGACAGCGACGAAAACCUGGACGAGGCUAUUUACUGAAACAUUGACAACACACACACACACACACACACACACACACACAGUGAAUGAACAUUCGGUUGAAAACGACUCAUCAGCAUUUAUUCGUCCCAAGUUUUAAAGUUUUUUAAGAUUUUCUAUCAACGUUUUAUGUGUUUGAUCUUCGUUUUGUUUUUUUUGUUGGAAAAUAAACUGCAGACGAGUUCAUAAUGUUA